AUGGGUUCAGACUUUACAAAAUUCAAAGAAGCAUCCAAAAGGAAAAUAUAUAAUUUCAUUAUUAUGUGUACUAGCCAAGAUAAUUUACAUAUGUGAAAGGUUUUCAGCUAAAUGUUGAUUCUUUUUUUUGUUUAUAUUAUAAAUUUUAUUUAUCUAUUUAGGACUAAAGGCUGCAAAUGGCGCGAACGUUUUAGUCCAAAAGCUUCUUUAGAAGAAAAAAGUGCAUUUUCUUUUUUGUUUUUGUCUUGCCAUUUGGUCAUAAUAACUUUUUUAAAUAUACUUUUUAGUGAUUCCUUGAAACUGAUUUUGUUACAAAUUAUUAAAAAUUUGCUUGGUAACGUUAAUUUCAUAGACUUUUAGCUUUUUCAUUUAUUGUAUAUGUGAUUUUCGUUGCAUUAUUUGUUCAUCUAUUUACAUUAUUUGUUCAUCUAUUUAUUUUUCGUUUUCUAAUUAGGAACAUGGUUAUUAUAUCAUAUAAUAUUAAUCAAAUUAUAUUUGUAGUCAAUCAGUUUAAAAUCCCCCUGAAUCAAUUAUCCACCAUAAUCCUUAAAUGAACUAAAGCGUGUGUAAAUGUGAUGUCUCAAGUAGUUCAUGCUGAUGCUGGUGAUAAUUAUACAAACAUAAGUCAUUCUUUAAGCUUUUUCUGAAAUUGGGCCCCUAUUCUCUCUCACUACAUACAUUCCAAUCUUAGCUUCAUUAUCUGUCACAUAGAGAUUCUGCUUCUUCGGCUUUUCUUUAUAUAGGGAAACAAAACAAAGUUUCAUUAUAUAAGAGAGGUUCAACAAAUCUUUUGAAGAGUGAGAGAUCAGAUGGGGAAUCACAAGUUCAAAUUUUCAGAUAUGAUCCCAAAUGCAUGGUUUCACAAGCUCAAAGACAUGACUAAACAGUCUAAACCCAAAAACAAACCUAUUUCUUAUUCUUCCUCAAACACUUGUAACAAGAAGAAACUCUCCUCAGAUUCUCUUCCUCAUAACUCUUCAGCCUCUCAUUUCUCCAACAGCUUAGUAGCUAACAGUCCUCACCACAACUCACCAAGAAACUCUACUCACAGAAAAAGGAUGAGUAAAAGAAAGACACUUUACAAGCCAUCUCUUAAACCAAACACUCCUCCUUUUGCAUCUGCUGGUUUUGACAAGAGCAAGAUCAUUGGUCAAGAUUCGUCCCACUGCCCAUUUCCAGCUCUUGAAAGGUCCCCUGAGUAUUUUGUGUAUAGUUUCUACGAAGAGGAGAGUGAUGAACUCGUUGAUCAUUCCAACUUUAAGAUCAAAACAAACAACAAAGCUUUCACAGAGAAAGCUUGUCCUGCAAGAAACUCAACCAAGAAACAGCUAAGAAGCCAUCUUUCUGUGAAGAUUAAUAAAGAGAAAGAAGACGACGAACGCAGAGCAGAGAAGAAAUACCAAAACCAAGUUUCUAGUGGAAGAAAAUCAUCUGCAGGGAUAAACCUCAGAAGAGUAAAUUCACCUAGAAUUCAACUCUCAGGUACGCGUAGAAGCACGUCUAGAUCAGAGAACAAACAAGCUGUUCUUGAGAGUUUUGCAGUGAUGAAGAGUUCGGUUGAUCCAAAGAAAGACUUCAGAGAAUCAAUGGUGGAAAUGAUAGAAGAGAACAACAUCAGAGCUUCAAAAGACUUGGAGGAUCUUCUUGCUUGUUACCUUUCCUUGAAUCCAAAGGAGUAUCAUGAUCUUAUCAUCCAGGUUUUCGAGCAAAUCUGGCGUCAACUUACAAAAACCAAGUAAAAAAAAAACCUCUUAAUGUAAUGUCAAUAAUUAAUUAACCUCCGGUAACAUGAGUAUUAGUAUCUUUCUGUCUUGUGAAGUUGUAGUUUUAUGGUUUUUCUUUUCUUUUAUUUAUUUUUCUUUUAAGCAAUGGAACCAAAUAAUAAAAGUAGUUAUCAUCUUGUCGUUUUUUAAUUCAAAAAUGAUCGAUCACUAUAAGGGCGUGCAAGUACUGAUAAGACUUGAGACAUAAUUGACCACUUACCAUAUUCUUGUCUUUUCUAUGACAUAUAAACAGAGUUAAACUACUGCUUCAAGAUUUGUUAGUGUUAUUUCUUAGAACUUGGUGAUGGAUUGCGCCAUUAUCCUUUGAAUAUUUUGAAAUUACAAAGUUGAAAUUGGCGGUAAAAACAACAUGGAAGAGACAUGAACAGUGUGAAACUCAACAAGUCCGGAAUAAACAUACGAGAGUGCAUGAUCGCUGGAGAUAAAGAGGACCACUGACUGACACAUAAACUGAGAUUUAACCAAAGAAUCAAGAAACAGAGAUGUGAUUUAAUCUUUAAAGUUUUGCUUUCUUCUCAUCUUUUUGAAGAAGGAAGAAGAGAAAGAGGACCACUGUUCCCAUCUCCUACCUCUGUUUGGCUUAUGAAACUUCAGCGAAGACAUGUGAAUAGAGUAUGAUUUCUGAAUGAACUUUCUCGAUUAAAGAGCAUCAAGUAUUAAAACAUUGAUAUAAGAUUGAGAACUAAAAUAAUAUGUAAGAAGUAUUUGAUAAUCUAUAUUCGUUUUCAAUUGGUUUUGAGUUACAAGCCAACAUAACGAAGAAAAUAUUUCUUACUUUAUCAUUGUGUGAAUUUGGAUUUUAUAGACUGCCAAUUAUGUGUGAACUUAUAUAAAAAGAUAAAAAGUUAUGGAAAUUAGACAGUGAAACAAUGGUGUUAGCCUUCAAAAAAUAAUGGUGUUUACACACAAAAACCAGUAAACUACACCACCCAUCAGAAACAAAUCACAUUUACAUAAAUUUUUGUUUUUUAACAACAACCACAAAUUUGUCCAAUGUAAAACUACUCCAACUAUUAAAAUGCACGCUAAAAAUGUGAAAAAUCAAAUCACAAAAUAGUUUCAUAUGAGGUUUGAAAACUUUUAACCAAAAUUAUUAUUUUAUUCAUCCAAAAUCAUUUAAAUCAAAUACUAUAUUGAAAAUACAUUCUACAGAUUUGACUGGUAAUAUACCAAUAUAAUAAAUCAAAUAGAUAAUGUCUCAAAUGGUAGAAAAAAUUAAAAAUAAAUAACAAUAUUAUUUUAAACCGAAAAAAACAAUACUAUAUUAAUAAAAAUUAGAGUAAAGGUGGUAUACAUGUAUUUUUCCUCUAUAGUAAGGAGAGUAAAAAUACGAGAAAACAAUACCGUAGGUAAGUUUUUUAAGUAGAAAUCAGAGUAAUUUAAAAUUUAGAGUAAUAAUUUACUCUACUUAAAAAUUGCAAGCCAAAGAAAAGAAAGGGAAAGGGGAAAGGGGUGUAUUUGUUUGUUUCUGGAUUAUUCGCUCAGCGCCGCGUGCUCUCGUCUUCGAUCUCCCUCCAGG